CGUCGUCGCGGCCCGGAUCGGGAAGUGUCAAGCGGGAGCCGGGUUCCCCCGCCUUCGCUGCCAGUACCGCUGAGCCCGGACCUCCUUGCCCAGGUCCAGGCCCAGCCGCCAUGACGAACGUGUACUCCUUGGAUGGGAUUCUGGUGUUUGGUUUGCUCUUUGUUUGCACCUGUGCCUAUUUCAAGAAGGUACCUCGUCUCAAAACCUGGCUGCUAUCAGAGAAGAAGGGCGUUUGGGGUGUGUUUUACAAAGGUAAGACCAUAUCUGGACAGGGAGAGGAGAUUGCUAUCUCUGGACAGUGUGGAGCUGCAGGCUGCAGUGAUCGGAACCAGGCUGCAUGCUGCUGUGGCAAUUGCCUGUGUUGUAAUGGCCUUUUACAUCCUGUUUAUAAAAUGAAUUCCAAAGUAUCCAACUUAUCGACUGCCAGCCCAGGGGACGGAGAUGAAGGACCUGCUGGAGGCCUGGACUCAGCGUAAGAGAGUCCAGCUAAAUUCACCAGAGUCCCCAGGUGACACCACAGCAUCUGCCCCCACCACGCAAGCGGAAAACUCCUCAUGGUUGCAAAUACUAUUUAUGCUUCAGGGGACCGCAGGUAGCCAGCUUCCUUGAUCUGUGUGUAAAUCAGUCCUCGGCAGAGUGCACAUAACGUGCAGGUAAAUCACAUCCCUUGAUG